AUGCAAAAGUUCCUGGACCUCAUCACGCAGUUCGACAAUAGCGAAUGGCUCAUCGAAGAGAAAGAAAUCACCUACGGCAAGAAACUAGGAGAUGGCGCUUCAGGCGUCACGUACCUCGCUGAUUACGCCGGUGAGAAAGUAGCUGUAAAGUCGUACUCCCCCGCCAUUCUCACUCACGACACAAACUCUGUGAAGAACGAGAUGGACAUCAUGUCCAAGAUGAAGCACAAAAAUAUCGUGCAGUUCAGGGGCCUGUGCCUCCGCAAGGAUCGCCCGGCGGCCUCCCUUGUAACAAAAUUUGCGGAGAAGGGUGAGCUGGGUGAUGCUCUGUACAAUUCUCGUCUUGUGCGAAGGAAAGGCGACCCGCUCCGGUUCAAGAUCGUUCUCGGUCUCGCCGAAGGCCUGCAGUAUUUGCAUUCGUAUCAUGUCAUUCAUAGGGAUAUCAAACCUGCUAAUAUUCUGCUCGAUGACAACUAUGAGCCCAUGCUCACCGACUUUGGUUUCAGCCGCUUCAUCGAUGAGGACUCCGCCGACAAGAUGACUGGCGAGACGGGAUCUUAUCGAUACAUGGCCCCAGAGGUUACGUGCCAUAGCCACUACACAGAGAAGGCAGAUACCUAUAGUUUUGCGCUUAUCUGCAACGAAAUUUUCACUGACGAACGGCCAUUCGAAUAUCAGAUUGCGGCGGUGGUCGCGGUGGAUGUCGUGAAGAAAAAUUUGCGACCAUCGCAGAAGAAGAUAAAAAAUGAGCGGCUUAGGGACAUCAUUGCGCGAUGCUGGGACGCCAAUCCGGACCUGCGACCGGAAUGGGCAGAAGUUAUUUCAGAGCUCAAGCUUGCACAACAGGAAAUGGAACAGAAGAGGGGACCUUCAAUCGGCUCAUUAUUCCGAAAAAAGGUACACGGCAGUAGCGCUUCAGCAUCGUAACGGAGUACUCAAGUGUGUUGGAUCGACGGCGGAAGCGUCACGGUUUGGAGUUUUUCGCAUUCGGAUGGGUUUGGUGAUUGUGGAGCGUUGACAAUGAGUGAGAUAGUUUUGUGUGGUUGGAUUCGUAUUUGAGAUUCCAUUUAAAUCUAUACGUAGCUUCCAGACAAUUAACAUGUAACGUAUCAUCUAUGAAAAGUCUGGGCCGCAAACGUUGUACAUAGCAUGUAAUGCAUGAAUGCAACACUGGGGACUGUUGUAAAA